AUGGCUACGCAACGUGAGGAGGACAUUAAAAUGAUGCUGGCCGCUCAGGUCCACAUUGGUACGCGCAAUGCUGACUCGAAAAUGGCUGAUUACAUUUGGCGCCGUCGUAAUGAUGGAAUUCACAUUAUCAAUGUGGGCAAGACAUGGGAAAAGCUCAUGCUCGCUGCUCGUGUGAUUGUGGCUGUCGAGAACCCGGAGGAUGUGAUUGCCAUUUCUGCUCGUCCGUAUGGUCAGCGUGCGGUGCUUAAAUUUGCCCAGCACACUGGCUGUCAGGCUAUUGCUAGUCGCUUUACGCCUGGUACGUUCACGAACCAGAUCACCAAGCAGUUUCGCGAGCCGCGUUUGCUAAUUAUCACGGACCCACGCACUGACUCACAAGCCGUGCGUGAGUCUUCGUUCGUAAACGUUCCUGUGAUUGCCUUCUGUGAUUCGGACUCGCCCCUGCAGUUCGUGGACGUGGCAAUUCCGGCCAACAACAAGGGCAAGCUGUCUAUUGGUCUGCUCUACUGGCUGCUUGCCCGUGAGGUGUUGCGUCUUCGUGGCACGAUCUCACGCACUUUGCCGUGGGAAGUCGUUGUGGACCUGUUCCUUUACCGUGACCCGGAAGAACUCAAGAAGGCUGAGGAAGCUCAGGCUACCGCUGCGGAGGAAGCUCAGACUCGCGCGGGUUGGGCCGAUGCCCCGCAGACCUUUGCUGAGCCCACUCUGUACGCUGCUGAGCCUGCUACUCCUGCACCCACUGCUGCUGCUAGUGCUGAGUGGACGUCAGCUGGCAACUCGGAGUGGUCGGGUGAAGCUGGCGCCGUGCCGGCUGCCUCGAAUUGGGAUACCCCGGCUCCUUCUGCUGCCCCUGGCGGAUGGGAUUAA